AUGGAGAACUCCGACAAAUUCAACAGGUUUUCCAGUUGCAGGGGCGUGGCGUUCGAAAUCAAACCCCACCUCGACCCAUUUGUCGUCCCAGAUAGGGUCACCACAUGGUCGGGAGUCAAUGAUGAAACUUUAGCCAAAAUCGAGGAAGGCAAUGUUCAAAACAACUGCAACCAAUCACCUCAGCCGCUCCUCGUCCUCCCGCCCGCCAUCAGCAAAAGUUGCCAAACUCCUACCAAACCGAAACUCUCGAGGCUUUCGGUUAUCUUCCUCCACCAGGGCCUCUUCACUGUUUACAAGCGUCUCUUCUUUGUCUGUGUGGCCCUAAAUGUAACGGGACUAACCCUCGCGGCUACCGGAAACUUCCCCUAUGCCAGGGCCAAACCCGCCUUGUUCUCGAUCGCAAAUGUCUUCGCGCUCGUCCUCUGCCGGAGCGAGGCAUUUCUGAGGCUCUUCUUCUGGGCAGUCGUGGCCGCUUUUGGCCACACAUGGGUCCCUCUGCGUCUCAAGACUAUGACGACGUCCCUACUGCAGUCGUUCGGAGGCAUACACAGCGGCUGCGGAAUCUCCUCUAUAGCCUGGCUCGUCUACGCCCUCAUCCUUGCUGCGAAGGACGGAUCCGGCACGCCACCGGAGGCUUUUGGCGUGGCGGUGUCAAUCCUCGGCCUCCUCACGCUGUCGGCAGUUGCAGCGUUUCCGCUCCUCCGACACCUCCACCACAACGUGUUCGAGCGGACCCACCGGUUUGCAGGCUGGGCCGCCCUUGCUCUCCUAUGGGCAUUCGCCUUCCUCACCGUCUCAUAUAACCCUAUAAUCGAAUCCUACUGGGAUGAGUUCGGGUUGAGGCUUGUCAGAAGCCAAGAGUUUUGGUUCACGCUCGCCACAACUGUAUUGAUUGUCGUACCGUGGCUGACAGUGAAAAAAGUCAAAGUGCAAGUCUCAUCUCCGUCUGGUCAUGCCGCCAUCAUCAAAUUUGAGGGUGGGGUCAAGUCCGGGAUCCUCGGCCGGAUAAGCCCGUCGCCGUUUUCUGAGUGGCACGCGUUUGGGAUUAUCUCGGACGGGAACAAAGAUCAUAUGAUACUGGCGGGUGCGGUCGGAGACUUUACCAAAUCUUUGGUUUCGAACCCCCCGACACACCUGUGGGUCAGACAAGUGCACUUUGCGGGUCUUCCUUACCUAACGAACAUGUAUGGUAGGGCUUUGUUGGUGGCGACGGGGUCGGGGAUUUGCGUGUUCCUAUCGUUCCUUCUGCAGCCGAGCGUAGCUGAGGUGUGCGUGUUGUGGGUGACAAAGGGAGUGGAAGAGAAUUACGGAGCGGAUAUUAUGGGGUGGAUGACUGAGGCUUCGAAGGCUGGAAGGGCUAUCGUACAUGACACGGCCGUGAUGGGGCGGCCGAAUGUGGCGGAGAUGACUGUGAAGGCGGCAAGGGGGUUUGGGGCUGAGGUGGUGAUCGUGACCAGUAAUCCAGAGGGGAGUAGGGACGUCGUUCGUGCAUGCAAGGUCGCUGGCUUCGCCGCCUUCGGCCCCAUUUGGGAUUCUUGA